GCAGAGCAGCCUCCCACCUCCCUUCUCUGUGUUCUGGUCUCUCUGCAGGUGAAAAACAUGGUGAAGCUGCAACUGUGGCUCCUCGUCUUCACUGGCCUCUCAGGAGCCAUCGCCCAGACAGAUCUCAAAGGACAAGUCUUUGUUUUUCCCAAGGAAUCUGCUGAUGCCCACGUGAUCUUGAACAUGAAUCACCACGGUCCCCUUCAGAACUUCACUGUGUGUCUCAGAUACUUCACGGACCUGACCCGGCCCUACAGCCUCUUCUCCUAUGCGACCAAAGCCAAGGACAAUGAGAUCCACCUCUUCAAAGAUGAACCUGGGGUGCUCUUGCUGGUUGUUGGGGGGAAAUGGGUGGACUUUAAAUUCCCAGAAAAUACAGGCACCAGCAGAGGCUGGAAGCACGUCUGUGCCAGCUGGGAAUCUGCCACAGGUAUAGCUGAGGUCUGGGUGAAUGGCAAUCCCUUACCUAGGAAGGGGCUGCAGAAAGGUUACUCUGUCAGCAACCAGGGUAUGAUUGUCCUGGGGCAGGACCAGGACUCCUUUGGGGGUGGGUUUGAUGCCUCGCAGUCAUUUGUAGGGGAACUUACUGAUGUGUGUAUGUGGGACCUGGCCACCGCGAGGGAUGCUGUGCGGGCUGCCAGCGCUGAUUCCCAGUUGCCACCCUCUGUCCUGAGCUGGGGCGCUUUGCAGUAUCAGAUUAAGGGCUAUGUGGUAUUGAAACCCCUGCUGAGAUAAGGGCCCUAUUGAAAUGCAGCCUGGCCUUAGGAACCGGUGUCUGACCAUCUAACUCCAGACCCUAGGGGUGCACAGCAGAGAAUGGCUAUGAACAUAAGUCUGUGGCUUCUGAGCAAAACUAGCAUUAACCUCUACUCUUGUGACUCCUCCCCCUGGUGCCUGUUUCAUUUGGGUAUUUCCCUGUGUCCAAAUCCUGGUCUGACUUUGUGUCCCAAUAAAUGAACUGAUUUGCUGCCGUGCAGCCUGUGGCAUAUUGAGAAUCCCAGCACAGCCUCAGUCGGUGCAAUCUGAGGCUCUGUCUAGACUGCAGGCUUCUUUCGGAUGACUCUUUUUUGGGA